CUUUAUUAUAUGUAAAGGCGUCCGUGGAAGAAGAGGAGAAGAAUCUGGAGAGAGAGGCGUACGAUUUCUGCAUCGAAUAAACAGUCCGGCGUUUAGUUUGCUCCGAUUCUGUGGAAGAUAAUGGGGAAAGGAGGUGAAGACUUGGACAAUAAGCAAACUAAUAGUUCUGAAUCGUUCAAGUCUGAUAACUUUCCUGCUUGGGCUAAAGAUGUUGGGGAAUGUGAAGAGAAGUUCGGUGUUAGCCGUGAGAAAGGGUUAACUACUGAUGAGGUGUUGAAGCGGCAUCAGAUCUAUGGGUUGAACGAGUUAGAGAAGCCUGAGGGCACAUCAAUUUUUAAGUUGAUUUUGGAGCAGUUCAAUGAUACCUUGGUACGUAUUCUUUUGGCGGCAGCCGUUAUUUCCUUUGUCUUGGCCUUCUUUGAUGGCGACGAAGGAGGCGAGAUGGGGAUCACCGCAUUUGUUGAGCCGCUUGUGAUUUUCUUGAUCUUAAUUGUUAAUGCCAUUGUCGGGAUCUGGCAAGAAACUAACGCCGAGAAGGCGUUGGAAGCUUUGAAGGAGAUACAGUCUGCGCAAGCUACUGUCGUGCGCGAUGGGAACAAGGUAUCUAGCUUGCCUGCAAAGGAGCUUGUUCCUGGUGACAUUGUGGAACUGAGGGUUGGUGAUAAGGUGCCUGCUGAUAUGCGUGUUGUGGCUUUGAUCAGCUCAACUCUUAGAGUCGAGCAGGGUUCCUUGACAGGAGAGAGUGAGGCUGUGAGCAAAACCACCAAACAUGUGGAGGAGAAUGCCGAUAUUCAAGGAAAGAAGUGUAUGGUCUUUGCAGGAACCACCGUUGUGAAUGGAAACUGCAUAUGCUUAGUUACAGACACUGGGAUGAGUACUGAGAUUGGAAGGGUACACUCACAGAUUCAGGAAGCUGCACAACACGAGGAAGAUACCCCUCUGAAGAAAAAACUCAACGAAUUCGGGGAAGCUUUGACUAUGAUUAUUGGUUUAAUAUGUGCGUUGGUGUGGCUCAUCAAUGUCAAGUACUUUCUGUCCUGGGAGUAUGUUGAUGGCUGGCCCAGAAACUUUAAGUUUUCCUUCGAGAAGUGCACGUAUUACUUUGAGAUUGCUGUAGCGUUGGCCGUUGCUGCAAUUCCUGAAGGUCUGCCAGCAGUUAUUACCACAUGUUUGGCCCUUGGCACACGGAAGAUGGCUCAGAAGAAUGCUCUGGUUAGGAAGUUGCCCAGUGUGGAGACUCUUGGAUGCACCACCGUAAUAUGUUCUGAUAAAACUGGAACUCUGACAACCAAUCAGAUGGCUGUUUCAAAGCUUGUUGCUAUGGGUUCUAGAAUUGGAACCCUUCGAUCUUUCAGUGUUGAGGGGACCUCAUUUGAUCCUCGAGAUGGAAAGAUUGAAGAUUGGCCAGCGGGUCGGAUGGAUGCAAAUCUUCAGAUGAUUGCAAAAAUUGCUGCCAUUUGCAACGAUGCUAGUGUCGAGCAAUCUGACCAUCAAUUUGUGACUAGGGGCAUGCCUACUGAGGCAGCUUUGAAGGUUUUGGUUGAGAAAAUGGGAUUUCCCGAAGGAAGUAAAGCUUCGACUUUGACUGAUGGCGAUGUAUUACGUUGUUGUCGGCUAUGGAGUGAACUAGAGCAACGGAUUGCCACUCUUGAGUUCGACCGCGACCGGAAAUCAAUGGGAGUUAUGGUGGAUUCCAGCUCAGGAAAAAAACUGCUACUGGUUAAGGGUGCUGUAGAAAAUGUAUUGGAAAGGAGUACACGUGUUCAGUUACUUGAUGGUUCCACUCAAGAACUUGACCAAUACUCAAGGGAUCUUAUUUUACAAAGCCUACAUGAUAUGUCCCAGAGUGCAUUGAGAUGUCUCGGAUUUGCGUACUCGGAUGUUCCAUCAGAUUUUGCUACUUAUGAUGGCAGCGAAGACCAUCCUGCUCACCAGCAACUUCUCAACCCAUCCAACUAUUCUUCUAUUGAGUCCAAUCUAACAUUUGUCGGAUUUGUUGGUUUAAGGGAUCCACCGAGAAAAGAGGUUCGUCAAGCCAUUGCAGACUGCAGAACAGCAGGUAUCCGGGUCAUGGUCAUUACCGGAGACAACAAGAGCACAGCGGAAGCUAUCUGCCGUGAAAUUGGAGUUUUUGAAGCAGGUGAAGAUAUCUCUUCAAGAAGCUUGACUGGAAAAGAAUUUAUGGAUGUUCAAGAUCAGAAGAAUCAUCUAAGACAAACCGGAGGGCUCUUGUUCUCGAGGGCUGAACCUAAGCACAAACAAGAGAUUGUUAGGUUACUCAAAGAAGAUGGAGAAGUGGUUGCCAUGACUGGAGAUGGAGUCAAUGAUGCUCCUGCCCUCAAGUUGGCUGAUAUAGGUGUGGCUAUGGGCAUUUCCGGGACAGAGGUAGCUAAGGAGGCUUCUGACAUGGUGUUAGCAGAUGAUAAUUUCAGCACUAUUGUUGCAGCUGUUGGUGAAGGCAGGUCCAUCUAUAACAACAUGAAGGCCUUCAUUAGGUACAUGAUAUCUUCCAACAUCGGUGAGGUUGCAUCGAUAUUCUUGACAGCUGCUCUUGGAAUCCCAGAAGGCAUGAUUCCAGUUCAGCUUCUGUGGGUGAAUCUUGUAACUGACGGUCCUCCAGCUACGGCUUUGGGAUUCAAUCCCCCUGACAAGGAUAUUAUGAAGAAGCCUCCUCGCAGAAGCGAUGACUCGCUUAUCACUGCAUGGAUCCUCUUCCGCUAUCUGGUGAUUGGUAUGUAUGUGGGAGUAGCAACGGUGGGAGUAUUCAUCAUAUGGUACACACACAACAGCUUCAUGGGCAUAGAUCUGAGCCAAGACGGUCACAGCCUUGUGAGCUACUCACAGCUUGCUCACUGGGGCCAAUGCUCUUCAUGGGAAGGCUUCAAAGUAUCUCCUUUCACGGCUGGCUCACAGACUUUCUCAUUCGACUCAAACCCAUGCGACUAUUUCCAUCAGGGGAAAAUAAAGGCAUCCACACUCUCCCUCUCGGUGUUGGUGGCCAUUGAAAUGUUCAACUCCCUGAACGCACUCUCAGAAGACGGCAGCCUGGUGACGAUGCCACCGUGGGUGAACCCGUGGCUGCUCCUGGCAAUGGCGGUCUCAUUCGGACUCCACUUUGUGAUACUUUACGUGCCAUUCCUGGCUCAGGUGUUUGGGAUAGUGCCACUGAGCUUGAACGAGUGGCUGCUGGUGCUGGCUGUGUCGCUUCCGGUGAUUCUGAUAGAUGAAGUUCUCAAGUUUGUAGGAAGGUGUACCAGUGGCUACCGCUACGCACCUCGCACUCCCUCCAUUAAGCAAAAGGCGGAGUAGGAGGAAAUGAAUCAAAAUAAGCAUUAUUAGACUCUAGUUUUAGCUGAAAUUCACUUUGUUGCUUAACUCAGCGAUGGUUAUUUAAUUUUCUAAACGAUAUUUUUUGGAUCGAUAAAAAACGUUUCUAACUUGGUUCUCAUUUUGGUCAUGGACAUGUGUUGUACAACACAAAGCCAGUAAUAGAGAUGAAUGCUAUUAUAACCAA